UCUCAGUGAACUUUCGUGAUCCUUCCCCUUCAAGCGACAAUCGUCAUGGCGGGUGACGGUCUUCUCACGGCGACCUUCAAGUUUCUGCUACCUUUUGUUCCCCUACUAUUAGCCGCCUACUAUGUUUACACUGCGAUUCAAACAUGGCUCCCUCUGCGUCAUAUCCCGGGGCCGUUCCUUGGCAAAUUCUCGUACCUGUUCAUGAUGAGGACCCAGGCAAGCGGCACGCAGCACUUGCGGUACAGAGCUGUGGAUGCAAAAUUCGGCUCCAUUGUGCGCAUCGGUCCGAAUGAACUUACCACCAGUGAUCCGGAGCUCAUUCGGCGCAUGAGUGCUGCGCGUUCUCCAUACAAGCGAUCCGACUGGUAUCUUGGGAUGCGCGUGGAUCCUCACCUCGACAACAUUCUUUCAGAGCUAGACGUUGAUACCCAUGAUAAACGACGAGCCAAGAUGGCUGGCGCGUACGCUGGUAGGGAGAACCCGCAGCUCGAGAAAGAUGUCGACGAUCAAAUCGCGUCAUGGGUGAACCUCAUCAAGACCAAGUACAUAUCUGAGGGCGGAUCACUGAAGCCCAUGGAUCUUGCCCUCCAAGCACAGUACUUCACUCUUGAUGUCAUCACAAGCCUGGCCUACGGCGGAGCCUUUGGCUACCUCGCCAGAGAUGAAGACAUCUACGACUACAUUAAGCUUGCUGAACAAUUCGUGUCCACGGCUGCGCCUAUCAUCGGCGUGGCACCGAUUCAUAAGUUCCUGUACCGCAGUGGCCUCAUCUUCAAGAUUGCACCCAACCCUGAAGACCCGAAAGGGUUCGGACGUUUGAUGUCCGAGGCAAAGGCUGCAGUUGGUGAACGUUUCGAAGUGGACGCCAAAGAGCGACACGACAUGAUCGGUGCCUUUGUGCGCAACGGUAUCCCCCAGAAGCAAAUCGAAGCCGAGCUUCUGCUACAGAUUAUUGCCGGAUCCGACACCACAGCUUCAGCACUACGUAGCACACUUCUCCGUCUGCUUACAUCCCCUCGCGUCCUCACCAAGCUCAGAGCUGAGGUGACUGCAGCCGUCGCAGAAGGCCGGGUAUCCAACCCGAUUCAACAGAAAGAGUCCAAGGAGCUACCUUACCUCCAGGCUGUAGUCAAGGAAGGCCUCAGAAUAACACCUCCCUUUCUCGGACAGGUUGCCAAGGAAGUGCCCGCAGGCGGAGACACAUACGAGGGCAUCUACUUCCCAGCUGGUACUCGCAUCGGCCAUAAUGUCUACGCCUUGACUCGUCACCCCAUCUUCGGACCAGAUAGCGACACCUUCCGCCCCGAGCGCUGGCUUGAAGCCGAUGCGGACACCCGACGCGAGAUGGAGAAGACCGUCGAUCUUGUCUUUGGCUACGGACGUUGGAGCUGCAUGGGAAGGAACGUGGCUUUCCUUGAGAUGGACAAGGUGUACUUUGAGCUUCUACGCCACUUUGACUUUGAUGUUGUUAACGCUGAGAAGCCCUGGUCAAGUAAGAACUUCAAUAUUUGGAUGCAACACGAAUUCUUCGUUCGGGUCACAGAGAGAGAGGCCUAAUACGUCGACGAAGCGUUGGAAGCUAAGUAUAGCAUAUCUUAUAGAAUCGAUCUUGUUUGUUCCAAUGGCAGAACGCAAAGCCUCAUGUCGAGUGCAAGAACAUAUCGUUCAAGGAAAGCGAC